UAUUAAAACUUGAUGAUAAGUAAAAUUAAGGAGGAGAAUCUGCUUGAACAACUGUAAAUUUCUAAGGUGGUAGUCUUGGAGUUAUCCAUAUAACUUUGUCUUUUGUGAACAUGCCAAUUCUUACACUGCUUCAUAGGAUUCUUUCACAACAACCAAUGAAUGUAAACUUGUCAUAAUCAGUUUUCUAUCUGCUAUUUCAUCAUGUUCAUGUCUAGAUUUUGCAUUCAAUGAAAAGUGAGCCUAAAGGUUAAGUUCUUCACCGAUACGAUUUGUGACUGAUAAUCAUGGAACUUGAAGGAGCAGAAGCAAAAUGGCAUGGAUCUGUAGGAGGCAUAGUUGAUGCACCUAUAGACAAAGUCUGGACUAUAGUUUCUGAAACUAAAAGAUUAUCAGAAUGGAUGCCAAUGGUUGAAAGGUGCACUGACUUAGAAGGAGAUGAAGGAGUUCCGGGCUACAUUCGGCUAGUUUCCGGCUUCAUGUUCCCUCAACAAGAUGGGGAAAGAUCAUGGAUUAAAGAGAGGUUGGUUUCUAUGGACUUCACAUCACAUAGCUAUGUUUACAAAAUGGAAGCAAGCAAUGUAGGCUUAGAUGGAUCUGUAAAUACAUUGAGACUUGUGGAUUAUGGGGAUGAUUCCACAUUAGUUAAUUGGUCAUUUGAGAUUAGCCCUUUAGAAGGUUCCUCUGAGGAAAAUAUUAUAGACUAUUUGGGAUUUUUGUAUAAAUCAUGCAUUAAUAGGAUUGAGGGAGCCAUAGAAGCUGCAUCAAAAAGGUUUGAGUAGCAUAGACAUGUUUAGUUGUUAGAAUUACGAUAGAGAAAAACCUGUUAAACAUGUUUAAUUGUAAUGUAAGCAUGAUCUCUUCCAAGGAAUCCAGCCAACUUAGUUGUUGAUCUGUUAAGAAAAAUUUACUUCUAUUUCUUUGAAUUGUCACUCUAAAUUGAAUGUAAUGGAGACUUCAAAUGUGAAUUUUAAAAAUAAUCUUUUUUCUAAUUGAUUAUAAUCAGAGAAUUUUUCUUUU